UAUGUUAUAAUAAUUUACUGUUUGAUUCCAUAUGCUAAUUGGAAGAAAUAUGAAGGAAAAAUCAAUAGAGAAGUUUUUCAUGUUGCCAUUCUUUAUUGUGUGUGGUUCUGAAUCAAGUGUUGUAGUCACCACCACCAGUCAACUUGAGGAAACAAAGAAUUCAUCACAAAAAACAAAAAGACAAGAAGGAGAAGAGAGCUCAUCAAGUGUAAAAAUGAAGAGCUUUUGGAGAUUUUGGGGCAUGACAAGACCAAGAUUUUCACAAAAUGUGCAAAGAUUGAAAAGACAUUUCAAAGUUUUUUCCCAAUUAUUUGCGCGUAAACGCGAGGUAGAGGAAGAGGAAAUGGAGAUAGAAAUAGGAUAUCCAACCGAUGUGAAACAUUUAACACAUAUAGGAUGGGAUGGAUCAACAACAAUUAAUCCAAUUAAAGGAUGGGAAAAUUUAAAACCUCCUGAAAUUAUUUCUUUUACAUCAAUUUCAAUUAAACAAUUUGAACUUGCCAUGGCUGCUCAAGCUGGUGAACCUAUAGAUAUUAACACCAACAAUUGUGCUUGAUUUUUGAUUUUUUUUCUUUUUGUAAUUUUCUCUUACUUUUCUAUUAAAUUCUAAUCGAAUCUAUAUCUUUUUUUCAUUGUUGUUGAAGAUGGUUUAUUUAUUUUCUGUCAGACUAAAUUCAAAUCCUCAUCGAAAAAUAACCUCGUUAU